UGUGAGCGUUGCAACGUCCUCUACUGCUCCUACACCUGCCUCCUCUUAGACUGGGAAGCCCAUAAGAAGGCCUGCGCCCCCAAGACGACUCGCUCCCGUGUCGAUGCCAGCGCCGGUGACAACAGCACGUCCUCGCGCUCUGCCCCUGGUCUGGAGAAGCACAUCCCGAACCCUUUCACGCAGAUCGACAGCGGCGCGUACCUCCACAACCGCCCAGAGCGGGAUGUCUACAAGCUCCUCAUCGACACGUACCGCCUGCGCAUGGCCGACAGGUGCGGUUUAGAAGGCGUCCGCGAGGCGGACUCGUUGUACGCGCCCGGCGUCACGGAUGCCAUGCCCGGGUUCCGGCGUUUUCUGGGCCUGGUGGAGGCUAAGCGCGGCGUGCUGCCUAGCUGGUGGAGCGCGGAGAAGGAGAGGGAAUGCGAACGGCUCGGCGGUGGCGGCGGCGGCUGGAGCAGCCUGCGGAGGAAGAUUGAGAAGUCUGACGUCCUGGCUCAUUACCGCGAUGAGAAGUUCCCGAUGCAGCUGCGUAUGUUUGGGGAAACGAUCUACGGACGGGGAAUCGGUGGGCAGGAUGGAACGAUGAUCAGAAGGAUGAUGAUGGCGCAGGAG